GUCGUCUAUGUUUAUCUAUUGCUAGAAAAGUACCGCCAAAGUACGAUUUCCGUCAGUUUUCCCGCCAUUUUCUCAAUAAACCUAAAUAAUUCGAAAACUAUUUUUGGAUCGCAAACAUUCUAGCGCUAGACAAAAUUUCGCAAGGUAGUGAACUCGGGCGCGAGGGCGCACCGAGUGCGGAAAUAGCAGCGCGCUGUAAUUUUAGUGGAAUCGGGGCAACGCGGUCGGCGACAGAAAUAGAGCCGGCAGCGGCCGUCGAGUUGCUGACAAUUUCGUCCGCAUAGGGCUUCGGAUUCGCAGCCCGCUCCACGGCUCCAGGAGCCCGCGCCCGCCCAAACACGAGUGAUCCGCACCGAGCGUUGCAUAACACAACGUGAACAACUAACCCCACUGUGAAUACUAUGUGAGUUAAUGUGAGUGCAUCAAUCUGGAUUAUCUCGUGUUUUUCAACAAUUGGAACUCCUUUUGGAUUUACCCGGGACUAUGAUAUAAGAGAUGUUUCCCGGUAGAGGUCGCGCGGCGCGGCCGGGCCCGGUGAGCGCGGCGCCCCUCCCGCCCCACCUCAUGCGCGCCCUGCCCCCGCACCGCUCCGCGCAGCCCCCGCGCACGCCCGUCGCGCCCCGCGCUCCGCUCGCCCGCCCCGAGCCUGACUAUGAGGUUGUCGAGUUCCCGUCGGACCAGUAUGUCAAUGCCAAGCUGCAGCCGCCGCCGCCGCCUCCACGACCUGCUGCUGCAAGCGACGCCUCCUGCGGGCUUUGCGGCGGGCUGGAGGCGCGCGUGCGCUGCGCGGAGUGCGGGGGCCGCGCGCUGUGCGCCUCGUGCGACGAGAUGUACCACCGCCACCCCAAGCGACGGCACCACGCGAGACAGGCCCUAUCCCAAAAUCAGUCGUCAGUCCGCGAUGUUCGACCGCCCUUGCCGCCAAAGGCCACACCGCCCGUGCCCCCGCCGCGAAGAAAUAAGUUAAGCGGCGACAGAUCGAGUGCGAGCCCGCGGCCGCCGGGUGUGGACCAGCGGCGAGCCACGCUCAGCUCCAUACAACUGUCUACCCCGCCGCACACUCCGAUACAAACCCACGGCUCAAUGCCUCGCAGUCCUCAGCUGACUAUACACAACCAGAGGCCCCAACAAACCGCCCACCUCGGCAGUAUGCCAUACUUGCCGACCACGCAAAUGCAACACAAUAUGCAACUGGCGUCGAUGCCCAUGCACGCGCCGCAGCCCACCGUGGGACACCCCUCGUGGAACCGGGGAAGGUCGUCGGUGCCGUCUCCUAAUUUACCUCCGAAUCCGCAGCAAGGCUGGAGCCCGGAGCCGUGGGAGGGCAACCCCUCUAUGCAGCAGCCCGCAGGCUGGGCGCGGCCGCUGCGGCGCGGCGCGUCUGUCCUGGACGUGGGCGGCGGCUGCGCGGGCUGCGCGCACUGCGGGGGCUGGCGCUACGGCAGCUGCGCCAGCCUCGACCACGGCGCGCCGCAGUGGGCCGCCUGGCCGCAGUGCUGCCCGCCGCCGCAUGCGCACGGGUUUGCGCAUGCGCCGUACACCCCGCAGCCUUAUAGGAGAGGAGAAAGUCGCGCGAUGUCGCGCGCGGCGUCCCGAGCUGCUUCGCCAGCCAUGAGCGUGCGGUCCCGAGCGUCGCGCCGCUCCAAGUACCGUACACCCUCGCCCUCCAUCCCCUCCAGCGACGCAGACUCCGAGAGCGAGGGCGAGGAGGAAGAGAGACAGGAGAAACAAGAGAGAAGGGAGAAACAAGAGAGGCGGGAGAAACAGGAGAGACGGGAGAAACAAGAGAGACGAGAGAAACAAGAGAGACAGGAGAAAGAAGUGAUACGGCCUGAGUCGCGAAUGAAAAACGACGUUGCCGAACCACCACCACCAGCACCAGCCGAAGAAGACUCCCUCGGGCCACCACCCCCGCCCCCAGACAGCGAGUGGGUCUGCGAGCACUGCACGUUCGUGAACGAGCCUGGAGUCCGCGUGUGCGCCGUGUGUUGCCGCACGCCCACCGCGCCGCCGCGCCCCGUGGACCACGUGGCCAAGCCCGUGGACCACGUGGCCGAGGCGGUCGCUAGAGUGACGGUCACGGAGAAGGAACUGCCGGCGGUGAAGAGAGAGGUCGUUAAGCAUAAUGGUAACAGGCCAACAUCACGAAACGAAAAAGAAAAAGCAUCAACGGGAUGCGGUCCGUCGCCACCGCGAGAGGUUCAGGCACGAAACAAAACACCAGCGCCAGAAGAAAACAAAAGAAACACGACGAACCAACGCGUCCGCCGCGACAUGUCCGUCGGACCGUCGCCCCCGCGGACCAAGCAGAGCACCGGCUGUGGACCCUCCCCGCCGCGAGACCAGCCAAUCAGAGCUUCGCCUUUUAGAGAAAUACAACCACGGACUCCAGUGCAAAAGCACAGCAUAUCAGUGGGCCCCUCCCCUCCCCGCGACACUGACCGCAAUGGAGCCGCCUCGUCAGUACGCUCCUCUCCUACAGACUCUGUGGGAAAUUUUCCAAAAAAGUCCAUUGGAACGUCUCCCCCUCGCGACGGGCCAAUGGACAGUCGCGCUUCUUCUUCCGUUAAAAGGAAUACUGCCACGUCGCCGCCGCCGCAGAGCAUUUCUACUCAGACAUACGAGGUGCCAGCCGCCUACUCGCGUUCCCCGUCAGUGGCGCGCUCGCGGCGGCGGCUGCGCGACGACGCACGGAGGGAGCGCUCGCACAGCCGGCACUCGCUCUCCAGUGAUACGAGGGAGAGCGACCGUAGCGUGGCGACGCCGGGCGGGCGCUGGGAGUGGCGCGAGGAGCCGGCACGCUCGCGGCGUGGGAGCCCCCGGCGCGGCAGCUCCCGGCAUGGGACACCCCCGCGAGGCAGCUCCCGGCAUGGGACACCCCCACGCGGCAGCUCCCGGCAUGGGAGCCCCCCGCAGUGGGGCGGCGAGCGGCUUACGCGCCGCGCCUCGCAUCUUGACCUGAGGCGGAAGCAGCCGCGCCGCCCGUACUACCGCUCUGAGGCGGCGUCCCCCGAGCCCCUCUCCUCCAGCCGCGCCAUAUCCCUGGAAGCGCUGGCCUGCAGCAGCUCGCGGCGCGACGCGGAGCGCGGGCUGGAGCUGGCCAGGCUCAUGGCCGAGGCCGAGCGCGCCGGGUUCAGCGCUAGCGAGGUAUCAGCAGCGCUAGCCCAAAGCCCGGGGGCUCCGCUAGCCUGGCUGCGCACACGCUGGCCCAGCCUCGUGGCGGGGGUGCGCGCGGCGGCGGCGCGGCUGGCGGGCGCGGCGGUGUCGCCGGCCGAGGCGCGCGCCGCCCUCGCCCGGAGCAGGGGCGCCAUGUGGCCCGCCGUCACCGACUGCGUCGACCGGCUGAGGAAGCAGGUAGACGUGGUAAGCGGCUCGGAAGGGCGGCAGGUGGGGCGCGUGUGGGGCUCCCCCGCCGGCGCCGACGACGACGCCGCCCCCCCUCGCGCGGAAGAUAGUUCAGAUGAGUUUGACGGACCGCGAAAGUUUGAAGACGAUUGGAUAUUCAUGCCGCUUGAGAGCCCGACGUACCCCGACAUGGUCGAUCGGACCCCAGAGUCCUCCGUCAAAUCGGAAACUAAUAUCGAAGACAUUGCUUAUAAGUUAAAGAUGCUACUAAACCAAGCAGGCAUUCCAGAUAUAGACGAAAAUCUUUUGUUGAGAGGAUUAACGAGCAAAGAGAACAGGAGACAGGCCGAUGCAAGGCGCCCAGUCGCCAAAAAUAUAAGUGUUGAGGAUAAUCCACAUUCAAUCUUAGACUUGGGACAAUCUGAAAAUGAUUUUAUAGAUGCUUACAACGCUCUAACUAGAUUAAGCCCGCUGCCUUUAGCUUCCAAUACCAAGGCGCCCGAAAAGAAACAAAAUGUAAUUAGUCAAAUAGAUAAUGUGGAUAACCAGACAAGAAAUGUGACUAUUGAUAAAGUUAAAAGCAAAGACUCAAAUAACACGCCAAAGACUGAUUUAGUUUCAAGUGAAGCUCAUAAUACUACUACUUCUAAACAUAAACGCCAAGAAGUUAAAAAGAGUGUUCAAAAAUCAUCUUCCAAACCAACAAAUAAUAAAACGAUAUCACAAGCAAAAAACAUUCCGUUAAGUUUAAAAAACGCAACUAAUGUAAUGGUUGAACCUAAGCCUACAAGGAGUACUGAUGAAGUCGAAGAAAAAUCUAAUAAUCUCAGCGAUAUUGUAGAUAACACCCAAAAACUUAUUCAACAAAUGAAAGAUGAAAUAAACUCUGAUAUAAACUCUACUGAAGAUAGAAAUACUUCUGAAAGUAGAUCUGACGAGAGCAGUAACGAGGAAUUUUCGGAGCAUGAGUCUUCUUACACUGAUACAGAGCGGAGUGAAGAAGUCACAUCUGACGAACAACACAGUUCAUCUGUAGAAGAAGAGGAUGAGGAAGAGGAUGAAGAAGUCGUAGAAGAAUCGAAUGUAGUAAAAACACAAGUAAACAGAACCAGUUCAGAAGAAAAUGAUCAGUUUGAGGAGGCGCUGGAUCACAUAGAAGAACAGAUGGAAGACUUCAAAAAAUCUAAUUUUGAAGUUUUAGAUUCCAUUGCAAGAAGUUUACAAGAAGAACAAACGAUAACAGUGGAAACGAAUAUCCCUAUUCCUACCAAGCCCCAAUCAAAGAAGAUACAGGACUUUAAUAACAAUUUUAGGGCUGUGAACUCCUUUGAUGAGAUAUAUGAUGAAUUAAGUAUGCCUGAAAAUUAUCAACAAUCUGAAAGUUUACAAAUAAAGGUUAACGAACAACCUGAUAAUAUUAUUAGCGGCCAAAUUAUUUCGCACAAAACGCCUGAAAGAAUAAUAAGCCCACCUGUUCCCAUGCAGAGAACCGAAGUUGAUCAACCAGCAGUACAAGUUACAGAGCGAAUUAUUAUUGUCACUGAGCAUGACAUGUCUUUACAAGUCUUUACACCCAGCCCACCGACGAGGCUUCACAUUUCUCAAAACGAUGCACCUGUUUUAAACGCUACGAUCGACGUUAUCGAAGAUGAUGAAACUGAGGACGCCAGUGGCACCGAUAGUGAUGACUCCAUGUCAAUUAAUGAAAGUAAUAACGAAAUAAUAUCACAAAUAGAAGCUGUGAACAGGAUUAUCAAUAAUUUAGAGAUUGGUGAACGUAGUCAAGAUCAAAUAAAUACCAAUAGUCGGCCUACUAGUCCGGAAAUCCCUGAACUGAUUAGUAUUGAUAGUUCACAACAAGUGGAAACACCUAAUGUUGAAACAGAGAACACUGUAAAUAAUGAAAGAGAUACUCAGAUGAACGAGCCAGAAGAAAUUACAGAUAAUAUUCAAAGCGAUAGUAAUAAUAAUACCAAUAAUGCCCACAAAAUAGAAACUAAUGAAGUAGUUGACCUAGCUGAUUCGGCUACGCAAGAUUUACCAACAGCCGAAAAAGAAAACAGUAAUGUUCAAACAAAUAUUAACAAGACUUCGAAGGAACCAAUCACAAAAUCGAAUGCUCAAAGCAAGUCAAGUAUACCCAAACCUAUAAACAAAAAUACGAAUAACAAAAAUAAAAAUGAGAAGGGAAUACCUAAGGUAAUCGCUUCCAAAGUGCCUGUUCGACGCAACUCUACGAAGCAGUACCCAGCGCCUGCUCCACCUAAAGCCACCUUCGGCGGUAUUCAAAACGGGACCGUCAAACAAUUGCAAACCAGACUGUUCAGCAAACCGAAACCUAGCGUCCCAACGAACGAGAUCGAAACCACAAUUCAAGUCGACGUUAAAGCGUCAACUUCAACGAUGUCUAAAAAGAAGCCUGCGCCAGCGCCGCCAGUGCAAACAACUGAUCCAAAACGAGAUUCUCCAAGCACAUCGUCUCCUAAAGACGAUAAGAAGAAGAAGAAGCAAUACUUCCGCGAGUCUUGCCGCACGGAGGACGAGUGGACGGACAGCGACUCGGACGGCUCGCAGGAGCGGCCGGCGGCGGUGGAGGCGGCGGAAGAAACCCCCGCGCCCGCGCCGCCGCCCCCGCCCGUCACCAUGCGCCGGGUGUCCGGGGUCGUUGUGGACCUGGCUGCUAUACGGCUGCCCGAAGGAUCGCCUGAGCGUCAAGCGCGCAUGCUGCUGGCCUCCGGAGCCACAGAGACGUGGCAGCAAGCCCAGCUAGCGGUGGAGCUGGUGGGCCGCGGGGCCGCGCCGCCCGCCGCGCUGCUGGCUGCACUCGAGUGCGUCGACCUCGCCGCCGCCAUGGCCUAUCUGAACCAGGACUGCGAGCUGUGUGCGUCGAAGCUGCCUGAACAUGAGAUGGUAUCGAUGCUGCGCUGCACGCACCGCUGUUGCCGCGAGUGCGCGCGUCACUACUACACCGUGCAGAUCACUGAACGGAGCAUCGCCGACUGCGUGUGCCCCUACUGCAAGGAACCUGAACUGGAGAACCUUCCAGAAGACGAGUGGCUCCAGUACUUCUCACACCUCGACAUACAACUCAAGACUCUCGUGGACAACGACGUUCACGAGCUGUUUCAGAGGAAGCUGAGAGAUCGGACGCUGGCUAUGGAUCCCAACUUUAGGUGGUGUGUGGAGUGCUCGUCCGGGUUCUUUGUGCACCCGAAGCAUAAGAAGCUGCGCUGUCCCGAGUGUCGGUCGGUCAGCUGCGCUAAAUGUCGGAAACCGUGGACAUCAAACCACGAGGGUCUGUCAUGUGAGCAGUACGCUACAUGGCUAGAGGACAACGACCCCGAGCGCUCGGUGGCGGCGGUGCAGCAGCAUCUGAGAGAGAACGGGCUUGACUGUCCUCGAUGCCACUUCAAGUACUCACUGUCUAGGGGCGGCUGCAUGCACUUCACGUGCACGCAAUGCAAGUACGAGUUCUGCUACGGCUGCGGCAAGCCGUUCACGAUGGGCGCGCGCUGCGGGCUCAGCGAGUACUGCGCGCGGCUGGGCCUCCACGCGCACCACCCCCGGAACUGCCUGUUCUACCUGCGGGACAAGGAGCCGCACGAGCUGCAGACGCUGUUGCAGAUGAACAACAUCGAGUUCUCGACGGAGGCGGCGGAGGGCGGCGGCUCGAGGUGCCCCGUGCAGCUGCAGCGGGAGACGCCGGCCGGGCUCGUGGACACCACGUGCGGCGCCGACGUGCCGCCCAAGCACGCCGGGCUAUGCAAGAACCACUACCUGGAAUACCUGUCGCGGCUGGUGCGGCGCAUGCGCGUGGACCCGCUGCCCGUGCUGGGGGUCGAUGACCUGGAGACGCUGGUCCGGCGCGCGGCGCUGCGCCCGCCGCCCCGGCCCUACGGCUCGCUCGACGGGCUGUACCGCCGCUCCCUGGCCGAGAUUGUCAGAGAGAAAAUACCUUUGGACUGAAGUCAUCUUCAUGUAUCAAGAAGAAUCACGGAUCCCGUUUGAAAAUCGUCUCAUCUUUACCUCUUCCGAGAAGAAUAUUUUGUACAUUAUUUAUUACUUUGUUAGUAAAAUAAGAGUAAAUAUCACUUCAUAUAGAUGUAAGAAAUACGCGCAUUGAUUAACAUAAAAAGCUUAGUUUUAAUA